UGAACGGUAGUGACGUACUUGUUGUGGAAGUACGUCAUAAGGUUUGAGCCAAAGGCGGCAGUGGUAAGAAAUUUGAAAAUUGCGGGCUUGCCGCUAGCUCACGUUUCGGAUGUAUAACCUGUUAACUUCAGCUCGGGAACCAUGGCCUCGCAUCUUCAUUUAUUACAACACACGAAACCGCAGCUCAAAUCUCCGGCCAAGAUUUUCGCUAGGCUCAAAUCCAAGGUGCAAAAGGAAGCGAUGUGCGCUAAAAACGGCAUCGAUCCGUCGAAUAUCGUUAGAGAGCAGCUCGGGGCUGAAUUAAACUCGCCCAGGAAGAAGAAGCAGAGGAUCUGGAUGACCGAGGAGCUCGAUGAGAAUCAGAGGUUCGGCAGCGAAGCGCAGCCCUUGACUCUCUCACCUAUUAAGAGUCCACAAACAAACUCCCUGUAUUCGUAUUCAGACUUUAUCCGCAAGCCCUUGGAGGAAAUGGGACCUGGAUACACAAGAAGAGAGAAGUCUUUAUUGGAGUCCACAGCCGUGUCUCACACCCACUUUCUGACUAAUCAGAUCCACAAAGACUCUCCUAAGGUCAGUGACUUGGAUCGGUUCAUCAUGUCCAGCAGGACUCCCCAGAAGCUUCAGCCUGUGGACAGUGACCGCAGGAAAACCGUUUCUGAUGAAGAAUGCGCUCCUCUCCACAAACCUGUGUCUCCAGCCAGUGUUUAUUCCCCCAUGGUGAAACGGCUGAGGAAGAGAAAAUGGGAGCAGCAGGAGUUUAACAAAGUCAGCAGCAGCACGAAGGAGGUGAGAAACGAAGGAGCCUGUCAUCCUCAGGAGAGGAAAGCCCCUGCUUUCAGCGAGAACACCCACAGCAUCAGUGUGAACAUCAGAGGAUACUCCGCUGACCGACCAGACGUGAUCCAUGAAGCCAUGUUUUCAAAAAGAAAAUCCAUCGCAGAGACACGCUGUGGUGGUGUUUUGGAAAAAAUUCCUAUAAUGUCUCCGGCUAAGGUGUUUGCGUAUAUGAAGGCGAGAGAAAGCAAAAGGGAACUGCAGGAAGUUCAUAAAAUCAGGAGGGACCUCUUUAAUGCAGAUAACUUCCUUCAGUUUGGAGACAACCAUCUCUCCACACCUCACAGUGUUUCUGAGAGGGAGGACAGCGUGUUCACAAAUACCCCAGAAAGCGAGGUUCCUGUAAACCAGCGUGUAUCAGAGCUAACUGACUGCCAGUCGGCCACCGACCCCUCGGAGAAUACUCCCAGCUCGCCCGCGUCGCUGGAGCCCGUUCUGCUCGAAGACCCUCUCGUACUCAAUUCGCCACAGAUCUCGAUACCGAAGAAUCAAGAGGCCGUGUUCAAACGCAACAAAUCGCCCAAGCAAGCAAAAUUCCCACGUGAGAGUGUGAUUUAUCUCAAAAAGUGGUUCCUGAGGAAGACCUGCAAGGGCCUGUUUGUUGAUGGGAUCUGCAGUGAAGACAACAUACCGUGGAACAGUAACAUCAUUGUGAACAGGGUUUCUAAUUCUGUGAUAAAGACCGUCACCGGCAAGGUUUACAUCCUGGUUGGGAAAAUGAAACUCAAUGUUGAAUCCGACUUUCCCAGGUGGUUUUUGAAAAAGUUUGAAAAAGGUUUUCCUCCUAACUGGAAGGUGUUAUACGAGAAGAUGCUGACGGAGUCGAGAGACAACCGAAGCACAGGAAGAGAGAGGAGCAGUGAACAGAGAGGCAUCAAAUCAAAGCAAAAAUCUCAGGCCUCUCACAUCAAAAGCUCUGUGAAGCAGCACAGACAGGAGUCCUUUAAGACGCCUGAAUCCUGCCCUCCCAUCUCCUCCGCCUUCUCCAGUAUGAAAGUUUCUCGAAGUGGUCGAGUGAUCAAGCCACCUCUGGAGUACUGGAAAGGAGGCCGAGUCAUUUUAGAUGCAUUCAUGAAUGUUACCAUCCAUAAAUGUUACGAUAGGGCCAUCUGCAAUCCUGUCAAUACAACAGUGUCUGCAAGGACAUCACAGGAGCCCGUCCAUGCGACCCUGCCCUGCAGUGAAGGUGAAAAAGAGGCAUCAGUACCGCUGAGGAGGGUCAAGGCUCCUCUUCACAGACGUAACAGAGUCGAGACUAACCCAGACGACAAGCCCUCUGAUUCCCUUGAACCUGUUGCGGAGCCACUUGGGAGCCCCAAGAAGAGGGCUGGUAGAAUAAUGAGAUCUGGCCAAAGGUGUCCUGCUAAAGAAAGAGAAUUGCACAUGGGCGCUGUCCCAAAACAGCAAAGUGACAAUGGAAAGUCUUCAGCAAAGAGGCCACAAAAACAGUCACAGAGCAGUUGUAGGGCUUCAGCAAAAUUAACUAAAAGUAAACAGACUGUCAUAAAUUCCCCUGAAUCUCCUCCAGUUAAAAUAUUACAGCCACUGGCAUCAGAUGAUGAGUUAUCCAAUACGAGAAAGAAGCGCGGGAAAGGAGGAUACAGUAAAAACAGCAGGAACGCUCAUAAAAAGUCACAUUCAAAACACAAAUCUUCAUCAAGCAAGUCAUUGGAGUCCUUUGAGGAGCAAAAGGGAAACAAAGAGUAUUCAGCACAGAAGUCACAAAAACACAGGUCACAUGGCACUCGCAGGCCUUUGGCAAGAGCAACUACUAGAAAACAAACUGUCAUAAAUUCCCCAGAAUCUCCUCCAGUAAAUGAUGAAAUAUCACAGCAUCUGUCAUCAGAGGAUGAGUUACUCAUGAGGAGAAAGAAGCGCGGGAAAGGAGGAUACAGUAAAAACAGCAGGAACGCUCAUGAAAAGUCACAUUCAAAACACAAAUCUUCAUCAAGCAAGUCAUCGGAGUGCUUUGAGGAGCAAAAGGGAAACAAAGAGUAUUCAGCACAGAAGUCACAAAAACACAGGUCACAUGGCACUCGCAGGCCUUUGGCAAGAGCAACUACUAGAAAACAAACUGUCAUAAAUUCCCCAGAAUCUCCUCCAGUAAAUGAUGAAAUAUCACAGCAUCUGUCAUCAGAGGAUGAGUUACUCAUGAGGAGAAAGAAGCGAGGGAAAGGAGUUUACAGUAAUAACAGUAAAAAUGCUUGUAUCAAGUCACAGCCAAAACAUGUGUCUUCAUCCAACAAGUCAGAGGAUUCGGGUUACUUGACGAGGCGCAAACAAAAACAGAAGUCCAGCAAAUGCGCCAAAGCACCCGCAAAGCCUUCGCCUGAGCCGACACAACCCAGCAAGAAACCCGGUACCAAGAAGAGCAACACACAGCAGGAGCACUAUGAGGACAAGUGGACCGAGGCGGAGCUUAUGAGACUACAAGAGGCCGUGUCCUUCUAUACGAAGCACGUGGCAAAUUACUGGGCAAAGGUAGCAAGGAUGGUAGGAACCCGUUCUGCAGAGGAGUGCAACAGCCAGCACACAUCCCGGGCAGCAUCGCACACUGCUGCUAAAAAAGCCACGAGACCCAAAAAGGAAAAGGUGGAGCCGCCCAAAGCUCCAGCAGAUCACCCUGUGAUAUCAGCCCGAGUGGGAACCUUAAAGAGAAAACAGCAAGUGCGUCAGUUUCUGGAGACGAUGCCCAGAGAAGAUGUUGACGAUGUUUUCAGCUCUGCGUACAUGCAGAAUAAAUGCUUUGAGCUCCCCUCCUUCCAUUCUGAUGACGAGGAACACUUAGCGGUAUCGAACCUGGGAGCCUUGACCCCAAUGUCGACACUUUUACCCGAAGUAAAGACUCCUCAGUGUCUGCAUAUCACUCCAGGCAUGAUGGGCUCUCCAAACAGGGACAAUGACGACAAAUACGUGUAUCAGCUGCAGAAGAGGAUAAAAAAGCAUCAGUUUAAUGCCUUCAAGGACCCACCUCCUUUAAAGAGCUUCACACCCACACCGUCAGUUAAAAGAACAAUGAGAAGAUGUGGCAACACGGAAAACGAUACCUUUGUGGUUUGGGAGAUGUUCCCAGGAAACGAUGAGGCGCUGUCUGAGAGCGGAGAAGAGGAGGAUUUCUACUUCUCAGAUAACAACUGAUCAAAGUCAGAGCUGAAAUGUCACGUUUAUUUAGAUUAUUCAAAUCUGGAAUUCUUGAAUUCAAGUUGGCAGAGGACAGAUGGGACCCCCUUCCCCCCUCCGAGAUGGAUCACUCUUCCUCAGCACUUGAGUUUGAAGCAAACACUUCAAAUGUUCAACAAAAAUGAAAAAAAUUUUUGUGUUUGGCUAACGUGGGUUAUUGUAAAUUUAAUAUUUACAAAUGUAAAAACAGUUUUACAGUACAUGCUUGUAUAUACCAUUUUUGUGCAGUCUUUUCUUUUU